AUGGUCAAUAGUUCGCAGCAUCCCUACAUCAAAGAUGGAUGGUUUAGAGAGAUCAGUGAUAAGAAUUUUCCAGGCCAAGCCUUUACUAUGGCCGUGGACUCAAUACUUUAUGAAGCGCAAAGUGAAUUUCAGAACAUCUUGAUUUUCCAUAAUAGGGUCUACGGUACUGUGUUGGUCCUCGAUGGUAUUGUACAAUGUACAGAAUUCGAUGAGUUUGCCUAUCAAGAGAUGAUCACGCAUAUCGCAAUGUUUGCGCAUUCCAAUCCCAAGCGUGUACUUAUCAUUGGCGGUGGGGACGGAGGUGUAUUGAGGGAAGUAGCCAGGCACACCUGCGUAGAACAUAUCACUAUGGUGGAAAUUGACUCUUCAGUGAUCGAACUGUCGAGGAAAUUCUUGCCCACAUUGAGUAACGGUGCUUUUGAUGACGAAAGGUUGGACCUGAAACUUUGCGAUGGCUUCCAGUUCUUGCAAGAUAUAGGCGCUUCCGGCAUCCAUAAGAAAUUCGACGUCAUUAUUACUGAUAGUUCUGACCCUGAAGGUCCAGCUGAAGCGUUUUUUCAAGAGAGGUAUUUCGAACUGUUAAAAGAUGCUUUGAAUCCCAAUGGUGUCGUCAUUAUGCAAAGCUCUGAAAAUUUUUGGUUGAAUCUAGAUUACUUACGCCAUUUGAAAAACACAGCCAAAACAGUGUUUCCUAAUACAGAAUAUUGCUAUACCAUGGUUCCGACCUAUACAUCUGGCCAACUAGGUUUAAUCGUUUGUGGUAAUAAUGCCAAUAUACCGUUGAACAUUCCGCAAAGAAAGAUGACCGAACAAGAACAAGAGGAACUAAAAUACUACAACCCUCAAAUACAUUCGAGUGCAUUUGUUUUGCCUACUUGGGCUGAAAAGAUUAUUAACGAAUGA